GUGACCUGUGGGCCCAAGUCAGCUGACACAGGCCAACCACAGGUGUUUAAUUGCAGUAUAGACAUACCCUAUGAAGACCCUUGCAUUGAUAUCUUUAUCUUUCUUGGUACAAUUCCCUUGGCCCAAACCCUGCAUUAACUUUUCCAAAAGACCAACCUCAGGAAAACCAUGAUAGUGUCCUUGCAGUUUUCCUGCAGGUGUAUCUGGGUCCAUUCUGCCUCCCUGCCUUCCCUCUUCACUUCUGGCUCAGCAGUGGUCUACUACCACUCACUUUUAUAUAGUGUCUUUGUGUGCUGCUAAAAUCAUGGCUGCAUUUCAGUGCUGGAUAAAUGAUCCCUCUCUAUAAUUUGCAUGUCAGUUUAAGUGCUAUGUGAACCUGUGGGCUGAAAAGCAUAUUAUAAGUGUAAGAUCUUUGUUUACUCCACUGAAGUCAAUAGAGCUACAGGAUUGUGACAGUGGCCUGAAUAAAGCUAAAGUUCAGUUUGAAAUAAAUCUAAGUUUAUUUCCUCAUAUACAGAAAGAACAAAGUUCAGGGGAAAUUUCUGUAGUGUAACAAUUAUCAGCUUGUCUUACUGGAAACUUAGGGCAAAGAACAUGGAAUUGUAAAUACCCCCCUUCAGAAAUAGAAUUGAAGAUGUAUAAACUUGGACGAUAGUAUGUGCAUUAGAUAGUAAAGAUGUAGGUGUUUCAUUUUAAACUUUGGGAGAAGUGAUUGGUAAAAUCAAAGUGCAAAUACUGUCAGCCAUAGAAAUCAUAGCAAAAAAUUGAAUAUGUCAUGAACAUGUUUUGUAACCAAACUAUGGUAUGGCCAGGGGAAAGAGGUAUGGAUAGAGUGAUACUAUAUUCCAAUAAUGCUUGGCAUCCAGAAAGGUCCUUUAGGGACCAUUACAGUAAGGUACAUAUGAGAGCAACCUUGAGGUGCUCUAAGUUGUGGUGGGGGCCAAAAUGAGUUCAGCCAACCAAGAUUGAAAGGAGUGUGUUUUAAAAGGUAAAGUAAAGCCACUUUUAUUUCCACUGGGUAUGCAUCAAGCAGAGCUCAAUUGCACCUAAAGAGAGAGCCCACUUCCUUUACAUAAAAUUACAUGAAAAUGUCUCAGCAUUUCUAAGCUCCAAAUGGGAAAAUGUUUGGAAGCCAUUAUUGGCCUGACAGCAUGUUAAUAAAUGUUAGUGCAUUUAUUCCUGAGUAAAUGGCUUUUUGAUCAAUGUCCUCCAGAAUCACCGUAGCUCUAUAGCUAACUGAUAUCAAGAUGUCUUGAUAGAUGUAGGCCACAGUAUUCUUUCAGUGUUCUCCUUCUUCCAGUCCAAUGAAAUGAAAUAUUACAGACUUUUUGGGUGCUUUUGUGUCAGUGAAGUAAGAUACAUGAAUCUUUGCUGUACAAAUAUUAAUUAUAAAAUGAAAUAUUAGAUACUAAAAUGUUACUGAAUGUUUUAGGUUUGACAUUUUGAUUUUUUCUUUUUCUCUUCUCUUAUUUGAUAACUGUUACACAGAAGUUGUGCCAAAUAGGAAAAAGAGAGAUUUUUUUUCUACAGUCAUUAUACAUCUUUUUGUUAAUUCUAAAAAUGUUUACUAAUGAAAUGCUUUAUGUUCAUUGUGUUAAUAAGGCUUCAGUUUCAUAGAUUUCAUAUAGUUUAAGACCAGAAGGGACCAUUAGAUUAUCUAUUCUAACCUCCUGCGUAUCAUAGACUAUUAAAUUUCACCCACAAUAUUUCAGUCCUCAGAAAACUAAAUUGUUGUGAAAAGCUACAUUAAAGAAAGAACAGAGCUAAACAAAUAAAUGUUCUUAUUGAAUCUCUUUAACCCUUUAUGCCACUAACGUGAUUUUAUUUACAUGAUUACAAGAGUUCAGAAAGAAAGGGGUUAAUAGUAAAGAUUUUUAUAGACAUAUUUAGUAACCAUAGAAGAUUUAUAUGCUAAUAAAAAUGCCAGUAAGUUUAUUAGAGAGAGGUUAAUUAGUAAUUAUGUGCAGGGAAGGAUGCUAUAAACCAAGUUCAAAAUCCGUGAUCUUUGAUCUGCUAUGAUAAAAGCAAAAGUAAUAGCUGUUACUUUUAACAGCUGUUCAACAAAUAGAGGAGAAGAAUUUGAGUCGUCUCUUACUGUAACAUCUUCACAAUGUCCAAUUUCAGCGACUUCUUACCUCUCAUUGUCUUACUGUCGAGUGUUUUGCUGACUGAACAGGCUUCAGAACCCAAUUGCACUGACAUUGCCGACUUUGGUAAUUGCUUGGGUAAUACAGAAGGCUUCUGUCCAAAGGAUAUUGUUUGCGGGUGUAAAGGCAACAAACCUUUUUGCAAAUGUCCUUACUUCCGAGGCCUCUGGGGAGAUUACUGGUACAUGGGUCACAAAUGUGAACAACUCUGGAAUACUUUGGACUUGAUUUUAGUAACUGUACUUCCUGCAGUAGCACUGGCUUUCCUAGUUGGUGUAAUAAUACAGUGUGUCUACUACUGUAAAAACAAGUCAAAUAAAAGUGUUAAAGGAGCUAGGAAACAGGCAAGACAAACAAAACUCGAGUCACAGCAUAACCCUGUGUUUGUACCUGAGCUGGGUGAUAACUCAAGAUAUGUUUCUCAACAGCAGUGGGCUAAGGAUGACUGGACCACCGAGAAUAUUAAAAUACCAAAAAUUCAACUGCAAAGCCAAAGUUUUGCGCAAUCACAGUCACCUGGUGAAGUAGAAGUUUACAGCUAUAUACCACAUCGGCCAUCAGGAAGACCAGUUCCAACAGCAGACAGUUCUUUCAGCCUCCAAUCUCCUCAGCGUAACCAGUUUGGCUAUCAGAACAGUCAUAUUCCUAAUGUGGAUUAUGAAGAGGACAACCCCAUUCCAGCUAUGUCUGGGAGGCAAUUUCCUAAAUCUGGCAUACCGGAGUUUUCUAGGUCUGACAGGUUUCAGAAUGUUGCUCAACCAAUGGAUAAUCCAAACGCUGGAAGACCAGUAAGGCCUUAUGAACUAGGACGCUCACAAAGAUAUAUGUAACUACAAGAAAGCUUUAUAAGAAAGGGAUCAUCUAUAGAAUAUUAUUCAUUAUAAAACAAAAUUCAGGUUGUUUCUGAAAAUCUUAUUUUGUUUCCUGAUUGAUAUAGUCCUAAUUUUCUUUCUGAAGACUUGAUUAUGCAGUUGGAUAGCUGUUUCUAAAUAGUGCCCUAACUGUUGCAUAUCUGUCAUGACAAAAAGAUCUUUUGUGUUCAUUAAAUGCAUUUUGUGCAUGUGUGACAGGAAAGGCCACAUAAGGCCACAUGCUCCCCUCCUACAGAAAAACGCAUGAGAAGGAAAAAGGUGCUUUUAGGUUAACCUAAAAAUCCAUGGGAAAUCCAACAUUCUUCCUUUGAGAGGAGGAUCUAGAGUCACAUGCAGGGCCGACUCUAGGUUUUUUGCUGCCCCAAGCAGAAAAAAUUUUUGCUGCCCCCCCACCGCCCCAGCCCUUCUCUCUUCCUCCCCCUUCCAACUGCACCCUCCUGCCGCCCCAAC